CCGCGCCCGCCGCUCCAGCCCCGGCGCUCCGGGAUGGCGCCCCGCGGGCCCCUCCGGCCACGCAAAGUUCGCAGGAGGCGAGAGAUGCUGCCGCAGCAAGUGGGCUUCGUGUGCGCCGUGCUGGCCCUGCUGUGCUGUGCGUCCGGCCUUUGGGGAAGCUUGGGCCACAAGACAGCCUCUGCCAGCCAGCAUGCCCUGCCAGACACGUGGCGAAACCGAAAAUUACUGGCGCCAGUGAAUGAGACUGAGCCAGCCAAGAACUGUACAGAUCCCGCCAUCCACGAGUUCCCCACGGACCUGUUCUCCAACAGAGAGCGCCAGCACGGAGCUGUCCUGCUGCACAUUCUCGGGGCCCUGUACAUGUUCUACGCCCUGGCCAUCGUGUGUGACGACUUCUUCGUCCCGUCUCUCGAGAAGAUCUGCGAGAAACUUCACCUGAGUGAGGACGUGGCCGGAGCCACCUUCAUGGCCGCGGGCAGCUCCACCCCCGAGCUGUUCGCCUCCAUCAUUGGGGUGUUCAUCACACACGGCGACGUGGGGGUCGGCACCAUCGUGGGCUCGGCUGUCUUCAACAUCCUGUGCAUCAUCGGCGUCUGCGGGCUGUUCGCGGGCCAGGUGGUGCGCCUGACGUGGUGGGCCGUGUGCCGGGACUCCGUGUACUACACUCUCUCCGUCAUCGUGCUCAUCGCCUUUAUAUACGACGAAGAAAUUGUGUGGUGGGAAGGCCUGGUGCUCAUCGUCCUGUAUGUCUUCUAUAUCCUCAUCAUGAAGUACAACGUGAAGAUGCAGGCCUUCUUCACCAUCAAGCAGAAGACCGUGGCCAACGGCAACACGGUCAGCAGUGAGCUGGAGGAUGGUAAUGACCCCUGUUGCUCUGAUGACCCUUCGGUGCCAUUGCUGGGGCCAGGACCCCACGGCCAACGGGGUGUCGUGCUGGAUACAGUGAAGGAGGAGCCGCAGUAUAGCAAGAACCCGGUGGUGAUGGUGGACGAGGUGAUGAGCUCCAGCCCGCCCAAGCUCAGCUUCCCAGAGGCCGGCCUGCGCAUCAUGAUCACCAACAAGUUCGGGCCCAGGACCCGGCUGCGGAUGGCCAGCAGGAUGAUCAUCAACGAGCGGCAAAGGCUCAUCAACUCGGCCAACAGCGUGGGCAACAAACCGCUCCAAAACGGGAGGCACGAGAACAUGGAGAACGGGAACGUGCCGGUGGAAAACGCCGAGGACCCCCCGCGGGAACAGGAGCCGGCGCCGCCUGCACCACAGCCGCCACCCGCGGAGCCCGAGCCGGGCGAGGUGGCCUUCCUGUCACCCUUCUCCAUGCCUGAGUCGCGGGGGGACAAAGCCAAGUGGGUGUUCACCUGGCCGCUCAUCUUCCUCCUGUGUGUCACCAUCCCCAACUGCAGCAAGCCCCGCUGGGAGAAGUUCUUCAUGGUCACUUUCGUCACCGCCACGCUCUGGAUCGCCGUCUUCUCCUACCUGAUGGUGUGGUUGGUAACCAUCAUCGGCUACACUCUGGGUAUCCCCGACGUCAUCAUGGGCAUCACCUUCCUGGCAGCGGGCACGAGCGUUCCAGACUGCAUGGCCAGCCUGAUCGUGGCCAGGCAAGGCCUCGGCGACAUGGCGGUCUCCAACACCAUCGGAAGCAACGUGUUCGACAUCCUUGUGGGUCUCGGCAUACCGUGGGGGCUGCAGACCAUGGUCAUUAACUACGGGUCCACGGUGACGAUCAACAGCCGGGGACUGGUCUACUCCGUGGUCCUGCUGCUGGGCUCUGUGGCACUCACGGUCCUGGGCAUCCACCUGAACAAGUGGAGGCUGGACCGGAAGCUGGGCGUCUACGUGCUGGUCCUCUAUGCCAUCUUCCUGUGCUUCUCCAUCAUGAUCGAGUUCAACGUCUUCACCUUCGUCAACUUGCCCAUGUGCCGAGAAGACGACUAACCAAGCCUGUGCC